GGCUCCGGGGACAGCGGAACAGCGACACUGUAAGAAGAUUCCCGUCUGGAAUGCUGCAAACUCCAAGGAAAGCAGCACAAUCGAAGACACAUCUGCUGCCAUGGUGAAUGAGAAGCACAAUGGCACCCUACUUGUGCAGCUGGGGCCCAAACUGCAGGCCUACCCAGAGGAGCUGCUCCGGCAGCGGCGAGGCCACGACGGCCGGCCGGAAUACCUGGUCCAGUGGAGCAUUGUCAGCAUGGAAGAGAGAGCAGCGGGAGGCAGCAGUGCCUCCUGUGCAGAGACCAAGCCAGAGCACAUCUCCAUGUGGAUGUCUGCAGAAGAGGUCUGCGCCAGCUGCCCGGCGCUGCUGGGCCGGAGGAGGCCGGAAGGGCCGCGGCUGAAAGAGGAGAAGGCGCCCGGUCCGUUGGCCGCGGACGUGGCGCUGGACGAGGCCUCGCUGCUGGAGAUGAAGGCCGAUGUCAGGAGCCUGGUGCAGCGAGCCGGGCGCCAGGUGGCCGAGGCCGGGACGCCCGAGCGCUCCAUCCUGAGCACGGUGCACGUGCUGGGCGCCUACGCCAGCAUCGGCUCCCUGGCGGGCGCCUUCAGGGAGACGGGAGCCCUGGACCUGCUGAUGAGGAUGCUGUGCCACAAGGAGAAGCAGAUCCGCCGCAGUGCCGGCGAGAUGCUGCGCGCUCUGGGUGCCCACGAUGCAGGGAGCCGGGCCUAUGUCCUGCUGUCCCUGAGCCAGCAGGAUGGCAUUGAGCAGCAGGUGGACUUUGACAGUCGCUGCACCUUGCUGGAGCUGUUUGCUGAGAUCACGUCCUCUGCAGAGCACUGCAUGUCCUUCGAGGGGAUUCACCUCCCGCAGAUCCCUGGGAAGCAGCUGUUUGUCCUGGUGAAGCGCUACCUGUGUGUGACUUCUCUCCUGGACAAGCUGAGCAGUGGCGUGGAGCAGGGAGAGGAGCAGCAGGGCUGUGCUGUGCCCAGCCCUGUCCCUGAGGAGAGGAGCCGUGUGAAGCAGGAGUUUGAGUUCAGCAUGGCCAUGGCAAGCCUCAUCUCGGAGCUGGUGCACGUGAUGGGCUGGAGCCACAGCCACGAGGCAGAGCCACUGCCCCAACGGGACCUGCAGCCUCGCCCCGCCCGCUCCAUCUUCCAGCACAAGGCCUCAGCCAUCUCUGCUGCCGAAGCAGCCCCCACAUCCCCAGCAAAGGAGCCCGUGACCUUCAAGACUCGCUCGGCGUUCCCGAGCCGCAGCAGCUACGUGGAAUACGUGCAGGCCACGCUGGUGAGCGGCAUGAGGGUGCGCAUGCUCGAGGACUACGAGCAGGUCAGCGCCGGCGACGAGGGUGACUUCCGCCGCAGCAACGACGGCAUGCCCCCAGUGCAGGUGUACUGGCAAGCUCUGGGCUGCACGUACUGGGUUCACUGGCACAUGGUCGAGAUCAUUGGCCCUUCAGAGCAAAAGGAGCUUGAGGGCCAGGAGAAGGUGAACACCCUGACACGAAACCACAGACUGAGAGCAGCAGUUCCACAGCCAUUGCUGUGCAAGCCCUUGGGGGGGCUUUACUCCCUGCCUUACCUGGGGCAGCGGCUGCCCAAGGCUGCAGAGACGCUGAGCCGUGCCGAAUGGUGGGAGCUGCUCUUCUUUGUGAGGAAGCUGGAAGCACAGGAGCAGAAGGAGAUCACCUGUCUCAUCCAGCAGCACCAGGGAGAGCAGGUGGAUGAAGAAGGCCUGAUGCAGCUGUCGGUGCCUGCGGAGCUGGCCCAGAAGGUGCUGCAGGUCCUGGAGAAGCGGUGCGAGGGCAGCUCUCUGCGUGACCUGCGAGGCUCCCGUGUGUACGGCAGACACUUCCUCGCUCGGGGGGCAGAGCAGGAUGGUGGAGGGAGCAGCGCGGUGUCCUCAGACGGCGGCGGCUGCGGGAGCGCCGGCCCCGAAGGCGGCACGGCCAAGGCAGCGGAGGGAGACCUUUGUGCAGCCCCAGGGCCGCCCCAAGCCCGCAGCGUGGCAGUGAAGUCGGAUUCG